UCCUUUCCUGAGAGGUGUCGACCGGCCGAAACCGCGAAGAAGCGCCCAGACUGUGUGGCUCAAUCCUCCACGCCGUCAUUUAAAUGUCUAAUUAAGUGCGCCAUCCGCAGCAAGGCCGUUGAAGCUAGAGUGGGUUUAGUGACGAGAGUGAGGAGGAGGGAGAGGAGAAGAGCAGCUGAAGUGCGCGUUUCUUCUGAAAAAGAGCUAAUGAUUCCUGCAGGAAAGUGAACAAGGACGUUUCUUCUCGUAGGGAUUACAUGGUGUAGCGGUCUCGCGACCUAGGAAAAAACAGAAAUCAUAGUUUCUGUUUGAUGACCGAAAGAAAAUCGGCGAAAGACACAAUAAUAUCAGAUGCAAUGGCGGCUCCAUCUCCAGCUAAGAGCAUGGGAGACCCUGGGAUCACCCCCCUCUCCCCCACCCAUAUUCAGCAGCAGGACACUGAUGAGACCCCUUCUGGACCGUCCUUCACCGUGGUGGUGGCCAUCGACUUCGGCACCACAUCCAGCGGCUAUGCCUACGCCUUCGCCAAAGAACCCGAGUGCAUCCACACCAUGAGGCGCUGGGAGGGCGGAGACCCGGGAGUGUCCAAUCAGAAGACUCCAACCACCAUCCUGCUGACCCCAGACAGGAAGUUCCACAGCUUCGGCUACGCGGCCCGAGACUUCUACCACGACCUGGACCCCACCGAGUCGAAACAGUGGCUCUACUUUGAGAAGUUCAAGAUGAAGCUGCACACAACUGCUAAUCUGUCCAUUGACACCGAUCUCCAUGCGGCCAAUGGGAAGCGGGUGAAAGCUCUGGAUAUAUUUGCCUACGCUUUGGCCUUCUUCAAGGAGCAGGCCUUAAAGGAGCUGAGUGACCAAGCUGGCAGUGAGUUUGACAACGCCGAUGUGAGAUGGGUCAUCACUGUGCCCGCUAUCUGGAAGAUGCCCGCCAAGCAGUUCAUGAGGGAGGCCGCCUACAAGGCUAACCUGGUCCCCCGUGACAACCCGGAGCAGCUGAUCAUCGCCCUGGAGCCCGAGGCCGCCUCCAUCUACUGCCGCAAGCUGCGCCUGCACCAGAUGGUGGACAUUGGCAGCAAGACGGCCGUCAACGGCUACAGCCCCACGGAGAACGUGGGCGCGGGCAUGACACAGGCAGCCAAGGAGAACGUGCGGCGCAACCGGCAGAGCCGAACCUUUCUGGUGGAAAAUGUCAUAGGGGAGCUUUGGGCGGAGCUGGCGGAAGGUGAUCGUUACGUGGUGGUGGACUGCGGUGGCGGUACAGUGGACCUGACGGUCCAUCAGAUCCGCAUGCCCGAGGGACACCUGAAGGAGCUGUACAAAGCCUCAGGCGGCCCUUAUGGCUCUAUCGGUAUUGACUAUGAGUUUGAGAAGCUCCUGUGUAAGAUCUUCGGCCAGGACUUCAUUGACCAGUUUAAGGUCAAGCGCCCAGCCGCCUGGGUGGACCUGAUGAUCGCCUUCGAGUCUCGCAAGCGGGCCGCAGCGCCGGACCGGACCAACCCACUCAACAUCAACCUGCCCUUCUCCUUCAUCGACUACUACAAGAAGUUCCGCGGGCACAGCGUGGAGCAUGCCCUCCGCAAGAGCAAUGUGGACUUUGUGAAGUGGUCCUCUCAGGGAAUGCUGAGGAUGAACCCUGAUGCCAUGAACGCUCUCUUCAAGCCCACCAUCGACCACAUCAUCCAACACCUCACUGAGCUGUUUGACCGCCCCGAGGUGACGGAGAUCAAGUUCCUGUUCCUGGUGGGCGGCUUCGCCGAGUCUCCGCUGCUGCAGAAGGCGGUCCAGGACAUGUUGCAGGGCCGUAGCCGCAUCAUCAUCCCGCACGACGUGGGCCUGACCAUCCUCAAGGGCGCCGUCCUCUUCGGCCUGGACCCCGGCAUCAUCAAGGUGCGCCGCUCUCCGCUCACCUACGGCGUGGGCGUCCUCAACCGCUGGGUGGACGGCAAGCACCCGGCCGACAAGCUGCUGGUCAAGGAGGGCACGCGCUGGUGUACCGACGUGUUCGACACCUUCAUCGCGGCCGACCAGUCGGUGGCGCUGGGCGAGACGGUCAAGCGCAGCUACACGCCGGCCAAGCCCUCGCAGCAGGUCAUCGUCAUCCACGUGUACUGCGCCGAGAAGGAGCAGGUGGGCUUCAUCACCGACGCAGGGGUCCGGAAGUGUGGUACGCUGCGGCUGGAUCUGAGUGGCACCGACCCCCCCCCACCGGCGCCGGGCGGCGGACCGACCCGACGUGAAAUCCAAACGCUCAUGCAGUUCGGCGACACCGAGAUCCGUGCCAUGGCUGUGGACGUGGCUACCUCGCGCAGCGUGAAGGCCAGCAUUGACUUCCUCAGCCAGUAGAGCAGACUGCAGCAGGGCCCGGGGGGGUGGGGGGGGGGGGGAGAAAGGGAUUAUGGGAAAUGGAGUUCUAGUACACAACACCAUUAGAGAUCCCUGUCCCCUUCACUAUCUUUUACUCAUCUACCCUCCCCUCCCACACACACACACACACACACACACACACACACACACACACACACUCACACACACACACACACACACACACACACACACACACAGACAGACACACACACACACGCACACACACACACACACACACAUCGUUUCCCUCAAAGGGACAGUCGUCUGAAUGUCAAACCCGUCGUUAUUGCUCUCGUUUUGUUUCAUUUGUGUUUAUUUCUUGACUGAGUCUGUGAAGCCUCUCACUCUAACACUAGAGGCACCCACUGUCCUUACAUCUCCUUCACACCAUCUCUCUCUCUCUCUCUCUCUCUCUCUCUCUCUCUUAGUGUGUAGAUCAUUUCUUUUCCUUUAGCUUCCUGUAGUUUAGCUUUCUAUCAGAUCCAGCUGUUGCGGAGUGUUUUGGC